UGUGUGUGUGUGUGUGUGUGUGUGUGUGUGUGUGUGUGUGUGUGUGUGUGUGUGUGUGUGUGUGUGUGUGUGUGUGUGUGUGUGUGUGUGUGUGUGUGUGUGUGUGUGUGUGUGUGUGAGUUCAGGUGUAUCCCUCAAUGACUGUCUGUUCUUCUGCUUACCGCUACAGUGUGGAACAUGGUGGAGAGAACAGAAUGAAACCUGGGCUUAGAAAAUAUGUCUGUGAUCUCACACUGGACCCAAACACAGUAGACAGACACCUCUCUCUGUCUGAGGAGAACAGAAAGGUGACAUGGAGGAGAGAGGAGCAGCCGUAUCCUGAUCACCCAGAGAGAUUUGUGGGCUGGAGACAGGUGCUGUGUAGAGAGGGUCUGACUGGGCGCUGUUACUGGGAGGUAGAGUGGAGUGGGGGAGGGGCUGUUAUAGGAGUGACAUAUAAAGGAAUCAGCAGGAGAGGAAGGGUUAACGACUGUUGGCUUGGAUACAAUGACAAGUCCUGGUGUCUGAUCUGCUCUGACAACAGUUACACUGCCAGGCACAAUAAUAAACCCACUACCAUAGACGUCCCCUCCUCCAGCUCCCACAGAGUAGGAGUGUAUCUGGAUUGGCCAGCCGGCACUCUGUCCUUCUAUAGAGCCUCCUCUGACACACUUACCCACCUGAUCACAUUCACCUCCACAUUCACUGAGCCCCUCUAUCCAGGGUUUCAUCUUUGGGGUGAUGGAGCCUCAGUGUCCCUGAAAUAAUAACCUGCCGGGGGCCUCACUAUCAGUGAUACACACACACACACACACACACACUGUCAGUGAUACACACACACACACACACACUGGACACACACACACACACUGGACAGACACACACAGACUGGACACAGACUGGACACACACCGGUCACACUCACUCACACUGGACACACACACACACACACUGGACACAUACACA